AUGCCGCCUUCGACGAAGCCGCCGGCCGCGCCCUUCCUGCCCGCCGGCGCCGUCCUGCCAGCGCCACGCUCUGAAUCGGAGGCCACAGGCGGCAAGACGCUCCUGAUGGACACCGAGAGCUACUCAGAUGCCAAGAAGCUCCCCAACAGCAGAUGCAUCAGGUCCCCCAAGCUUGACGCCGGCGGCCGCUCCGCUGGGGUGAAGCGCCUGGAACCAUCUUCCAAGGCGGCCGCGGCACCAGUGUCGGGCCUGCAUGCGGACAUCGCCGGGCUCCUCGUGGCAAAAGAGGGGAAGGACGUGGAUUUCGAGGUUGGCGGCAAGAUGUUCGCCGCGCAUAGGUGUGUUCUCGCUGCCCGAUCGUCAGUCUUCAAGGCUGAUUUGUUCGGCCCGGCAAUCGAGGAAGACACUACUUACAUACGCAUUGAUGACAUCAUCCCAGAAGCAUUUGACGCCCUGCUGCACUUCAUAUACACGGACUCACUGCCAGAGAUGAAUCUGCACGCAGUAGAAUUGAUGGCGCAGCAUCUGCUAGUGGCGGCGCAACGGUAUGAUCUGAAGGAUCUGAAAUCAAUCAUGGAGAACAGACUGUGCAGUCAAGUUGACGUGACCACAGCGCUGUGUUCGCUGGUGUUGGCAGAGCAGCACAAGUGCUCCAUGCUAAAGAAGAAAUGUCUCGAUUUCAUUGCUUCAGGUGAGAAUGCAAGGAAGGUCAUGGAGAGCAACGGUGCGGAGGAUCUAGUGAAGACUUGCCCCUCAGUUGUCCGGGAUCUCAUCAUCAAGGUUUUGAAUGCAUCACGCAGCCAGCUUGGCUUCACAAAGAUCAUAUUUUACGUUGCUGUUUCUAUUGGCAUCCUGAAUCUCAAUUCCGUUUGUUUUCUUAAGCUUAUCUCGGUCGUCCUAAUGGUCCUACUAGUGUUUGUUCGUUAUCACGCUUAG